AUCUGUGUCUCAACCGGGACCUAGAACAGCCAGAGUCGGGCGGGCACAAGCGAGGAGGGAAAAAUUCUGGUGAUCGAUUCGAAUCAGUACAAAUUUGAACAUGCAUGAGGAUAUUUAUGCUAAUGCAGAUAUCAUUGAAACAUAUUCUAAACAUACCUCCAGCCAAGGAGAACAGACUCCAAAGCGGACUCAACAUUCAGGUAAGGACACACAGAUAAUGAUUAAUAAGGGUACUGUGAGUUUAUGGAGUAAAAUUUAACUUCAGUACAAGUAACUCCUGUCGUGUCUGCUGUUGACCCAGUACUCAGUACAUUGUAUAUAAAUGUAAUCAUUUAAUCAUGGGCAGGGAGGCAGGGCAAUUUAUGUAAAUGUGACUUAAGAAUGAAGUGAUAUUUCAAUAAAAUCAUUCUGAAAACAUCUUUAAACCUCUCCUAUUAUUCCCUGAGAUACAUGUUUGUUUCCCCUCAGGAUCUGAGCCCACAGGGAGAUGAUGCUACCAACUGGCUAUAGUGUGUCUUGGGAUAUUGUGUUUUCUCCUGCUGACGACUGUCAUAGUGCUGUUUGCUUACAUGAAAAACUGGAGCUACAAACCAGCUACAGCACCUGCACUGCAGAGAAAGAACAGCUACAAAUGAAUUACAGCACCUACACUGAAAAUUGCAGGAAAAAACAAAUACAGCUCUGUCCUGAGGGAUGGACAAGGUUUGGGACACAGUUGUAUUGCAUCUCCACUGAGAAAAGAACCUGGCAGGAAAGCCAACAGGACUGUAAAAAUAGAGGAGCAGAUCUGAUUAUCAUCAACAGCCAACAGGAACAGGUGGGAGAGGAAAUUAUUCCACUUAAGAAUAUUAUUCUUCAUACGGACGCCUGGAUCGGUCUGACAGACAGUGACCAUGAAGGAACCUGGAAAUGGGUGGAUGGGACACCACUGACCACAAGUUUCUGGAGGGAUGGAGAACCUAAUAACGUUUGUGAGGAGGACUGUGCACAUAACAACGCAGGAAGAAACCCCAAAAAGAGCUGGAAUGAUAAAGGCUGCUCUGCUAAGUCAUUCUGGGUGUGUGAGAAGGAAGCUUAG